UGUGAAGCAAAAUUGAUAUGACAGCUCAUCGUUGUGAAAAUUCACAAUACAUUUUUCAAGAACCUCAGCAAAAUUUAUACUUACGUGUACGGUUUUUUCUCUAAAACUGCAUCGAAACACGAGUCUUAUUAUAUAGUUUGUAAGUGUGCAACAGUUUGAGUUUAUUGUGUAUUUUUUAAUUGAUUUCGAACGGAUCGGAUAAAAGUUUACUUUUGAUCGCCUGCAUUGGUGGGCGGUGGGAAGAAGAACAUGAUAAGCUCUGACAGUGUGGAACUUUCGCUACGUAAUUUAUCGCUAGACGAUAGCAAUUGUAGCGGUUCCGACAAUGAAGACAGCAAGAUUCUUAAAUGGAACUUACCGCUGAAGGAUCUUUACCGGCUAGCAUUUAAUUUUUACAAAGAAAAGACGGGAAAAGCCAUCCACUUGAGUUAUGAAGAUAACUUGAAGUUGGUUGCAUUUACUCAGCAAGCAGCGCACGGUCCAUUGGAUCUAACCAAGGCUCCUCCAUUGGGGAUGUUCGAUGUGAUUGGUAAGGAUCGAAGGGUUGCCUGGCAACAUUUGGGUACUAUAACUAAACUGCAGGCAAUGGAAGGUUUCAUCGAUUUGCUGGAUAGACUGUGCCCAUUGUUUAAACCAACCGUGGAGGCUAUCAAGAAGGAUCGCGAGGAAAAAGUACGUCAAGCUCAGGCAGAGGAAGCACGUCGCCGAGAACAGCUUGAGAAGGAAAAGGAGAAGCUGGUUGAGCUGAAAAAAAUCGAAGACGAACGAAAUCGGGAGGAAAUUCAACGGCGUCAGCUACAGGACGCUUUGAAUCAGCAGACAUACUAUCAAUUCAAAGAGUACGCCGAAAAACAGUUCCCUGGUAAUCCGGAACAACAGGCUGUUUUGAUAAGGCAACUGCAGAAUGAACAUUAUCAUCAGUACAUGCAGCAAUUGCAGGCACAAGUCGCUAGUAACUAUUCUCAGUUGCGAGCCACUGGCGACAAUGAAAUGGACUCCGGUAAUCAACUACUGGGACAAACUGUUAGUAGCAAAGAAGUUGGCCAACUAGAGUACAAGGAACAAUGCGAGAGUGAUGAUGAAUCCGGUGAAUAUGCUGUAAUAAAUCCUGCCAAUAUGUGGACAAAACCGGACGUGAAGUUGUUCAAGCAGGAGGUGACUUCUGGUAAAGGCGAUGGAGUAAUUCGUGUGGGUCACGGAGAUAUAAUUACGGUUCGAGUUCCAACUCACGACGGGGGCUCCUGCUUGUUCUGGGAAUUUGCUACCGACAACUACGACAUCGGUUUCGGUGUGUAUUUUGAGUGGGGUAAACCGGUAACCACGGAAGUGUCGGUUCACGUCAGCGAAAGUGAUGAGGACGAUGACACGCUAGAAGACGACGAAGCAUUGUGUGCCGACGAUUUGGAAUGUGGCGGUCAACAGCAGCACAAACAAUACAAUACCAGCAGCAGCAGUCCAAUGGCCAACACGAAUCCGAUUUCCAUCAUCGUUCCCAUCUAUCGGCGCGAAUGUCAGACAGAAGUUUAUGCCGGUUCGCACAAUUAUCCCGGGGAGGGAACUUAUCUGCUCAAAUUCGACAAUAGCUACAGUUUGUGGCGUUCAAAGACACUGUACUACAAAGUUUUCUAUACACGAUAAUUCGAUUCGGUUCCACGAGAAGCACGUUCCUUCGUUGAUUUUGUCACAUUCUAGCGUUUAUUUUUACUACCCUCAACAUAUGUUCGUAUCAUACAAGCAAGCUAGAAGUACCUUGAAAACUUGUGCACAUUUGUGACCUAGCUAAACUCAAAAUCUAGAUAAAUUAUAUUGUCGCAAAACAGUUGUUUGUUAGUUCAAAAGAUUUUACUAGCAGUUCAUCUUUUUCUAUUUUACUAUAUAGUAUAUACUAGAAUAUGAAUCGAAACCGAAGGAAGGCGGAACAAUAUCUCUUGUUGUUCGAGGGCAUUAACAGAGCGUAGAGCGCGAGAUCCCGAAAAAGCUAACGGAAAUGCGCAACCGUCUAUUAUUCGUAUGUGUACCGUUAUUUGUCGUAACAUCGUACAUACAAGUGAAAAUUCGUCAAAAACACAAAGCGCAGUGCAAUAGCAGAUUAAUGAUAUUUCUGUUGAGAAAGCGUGUCAAACGGAGAGAAGUGAAUUUUCGGAUUAUUAGCUACAAAGCGAACGACACAUAACAGUUGAUGUAUUCUAAUAAAAAAAGAUGUCAAAUAUG